AUGGCUACAUCUAUAGACCGCAAAAUCAAAUUGCGACCGGAUAGCUUGAGUAUUGCCACAUUACCAAUCACGUUGGCUGAAGAAGGGGAUGCGGAGGGCCAGGAUGGCGACGACGGUCCAUCCCCGCGCGAAGCGGACAUAAACGGCCCAAGGAACAAUCUCGAGGUCUUCAAAGGCUCGAACGACUACGAGAUGCACGGCAAUGAUAAUCACCUCCAACCUCAACCCAAUGAAGAGCGGCAAGAUGUCAGCUUCGAACAAUGGGUAAAUCAAUGCCAGGAUAUCCAGCGGUGGAACCAGUUGUCAGCUGAGUUUCAGGGUUGCUACCAACAGUGGUACACCCUGUUUUUAAGAGAACAAUAA